AUGGCCGAGGCACCCGAAAGAGAACCCGUUCCGUGUUCGAGCGAGCCUGAGGUCUCCUCUGACAUAAAAGAUGCAGACGAGCCUUUGACAAAAAAGCGUAAAAUAAAUGAGAAUGAGACGAGCGACAAGCUCGAGCAUAGGCUUGGAGGCAUCCUGUGCUGCGCAGUAUGCCUGGACCUGCCUCAGGCGGCCGUGUAUCAGUGUAGCAAUGGCCAUCUGAUGUGUGCGCCUUGCUUCACACAUUUAUUGGCGGAUGCGCGACUCCGGGACGAGGCAGCCACAUGCCCCAACUGUCGCGUCGAGAUCUCCAAGACUUCGGCCUCGAGAAACCUCGCCGUUGAGAAGACAGUGUCUGAAUUGCCGUCCGAGUGCAAGUUUUGCACCUGCGUGUUCCCGCGACAUUCGUUACAGCAUCACGAGGAGAACACGUGCGAGGAGAGACUGACGGGAUGCCGUUAUGCGUGCAUCGGGUGCCCCUGGCUGGGCCCGGCGCACGAGGCGGGAGCUCACGAGGGCGCGUGCACUCACCCCUUCAAGUCCGCCGCGGACGUGGUCGCCACGCUCGCCGACAGAGACAAGCGCGCUAAGGAAGCGAACGCCGUCUACAACCAGGUGAUGGACCUGCUGUCCUAUGAGAAGAUCACCUUUAACGAAUGUGUCGCAGAUCUGCAGCUGAAACCGUACCGCACCGAGGAGUUCUUGCACAAGCUGUACUAUGAGACGUCGCGGUUCACCGCCUUCGGCCAUCAGUGGGUGGUCAAGGCGUUCGUCAACAAGAACCAACGGGACCCCACCCAGAGCUCACAGAGGGAGAUCACUUAUCAGCUGAUCCUGAAGAGCAAGGCGGUGUGCGGGGUGAGCGUGCAGUGGGUGGUGCUGCGCGGGCCGUACGGCGAGGCGCGCCUGGCGCCCGCGGUGCGCUCGCACGCCUUCGCCGAGGACUCCACCGACUCGCCGCCGCACCCGCUGCCCCUCGCCGACCUCAACGACACCAACCGCCUGCUCUCCAACAAGGCCAUACACUUCAGAUUGAUAAUGUUUUUGUCAGCGAAGUGA